AGCGCUUUGGUUCCCGACGGUCAGACCGAGCAGCGGACACACAGCGCCGGUAACCGGUAACCGGGAGCCGGUUGUUGGUUGUUUGUUGGAUUUAUUAGUUUGUUCUUCACUUCAGAAAAGAGACGUUAAGGAGGCAGAAACGGUGACUCCUCUUGUUUCUCUCCUCUACAGCGGAUGUAAAGCAGGACGAGGUCAAAGGCCACGGAUUCCAAUUCUCCCGCCUUCAUUUUGAACCCAAGAGCCAUUAAACAGGUACAUCAUAUGGGGCAGGGGGAGGUGUCAGCUAGAGGCUCAGCCAUGGAGGGGGACUGCCUCAGCUGUAUGAAGUACCUCAUGUUCAUCUUCAACUUCUUCAUCUUUCUGGGCGGCUCCUUCCUGCUGGGUGUCGGCGUCUGGGUGCUGCUGGACCCGAUGGGCUUCAGGGAGAUCGUGGCGGCCAACCCUCUGCUGUUCACCGGGGUCUACGUCAUCCUGGCCAUGGGCGCCAUGCUGUUCCUGCUGGGCUUCCUGGGCUGCUGCGGAGCCAUCAGAGAGAACAAAUGUCUGCUGCUCUUCUUCUUCAUGCUCAUCCUCUUCAUCUUCCUGGCGGAGCUGGCGGCCGCCAUCCUGGCCUUCCUCUUCAGGGAGCACUUAACCAGAGAGUAUUUCAGCAGGGAGCUGAAGCGCCACUACCAAGGUCACAACAACACCGACGUCUUCACAUCCACAUGGAACGCCAUCAUGACCACGUUCGACUGCUGCGGCGUGAGCGGCCCCGAGGACUUCGAGGAGAGCCUCUUCAGGCUCCUCAGCCCCAGUAAGAUGGUCCCUGAGGCCUGUUGCCAGAGGAACGGUUACCUAGGAGACGUCAGCGUGGAGCAGUGCGUGAGCGGCAGCGUGGCCUUCAGGCACAACAAGGGCUGUUACUCUGCGAUGGUGGAUUACUUUGAGACGUACAUUUACACAGCCGGAGCUCUGGCCAUCGUGGUGCUGACUAUCGAGCUCUUCGCCAUGGUGUUCGCGAUGUGUUUAUUCAGAGGGAUCCAGUAAACACGGCGUCCACGCGCAUCAUCACCAGCCGGCGGGAAGGCACAAGCAGGAGCAAAACAAAACUGUAAAAUAUGAAAUGUAUUUGUACAGUGAUCGUUUACGUGUCUCAUUGGUUUUUCGUGACAUCAUUUUGUACUUCACAGCAGCAGCAGGCGUUCGAGGUACUUUGCUUUGGGCACAAUAGACGCACACGGGAGGGUUUUUAACACUGAGUGCAAACUGAUUUAGUCACUUCAGGACCAGGAAGCCGGAAACACACACCACACGACUCACAGCCGGAUUAAAACCUCAGGAUCCUGGAGAGUGAGCAGUUCAGGGACAAUCAGCACACAUUAUCUUCGCAGUCAGGAUCAUAUGAGAAAUGUCUGGUUCUUUCACAGCUGCAGCUUCAUGUAGUCGGUCGGCAGCGGAAGUCAGAGCACGUUGGGCCUCAUGCAACAAGUUUUUAUUUUUAUGAUUAUAACAUAAAACAUGAAGUAAUGUAUAUAAUAUUAGUGCAUCUGCCGACAGUGUGUCGUUCGAGAAGAGUCGUUCUGUGACACAAAUAAAGAGUGAAAACAAGUAAAAGUCCUGCAUUCAGAAUUGGAACAGACCCAGAGGAAGCUGCUGGAGCUCAGCGGUGGAAGAAGUGUUGUUGUACAGUAUUAACAUCAGACAGGCUCUGGGUUGAAUGUUUUAUAUUCAUUUUAUAAUCAUUUUAGAAACAGAAGCCCAAGAGGUCAGAAUUGGGACAUAAUUAUAUUUAACGUUUGACCCCGACCACAUUGAACACAUUACAGUGAGCAGGUACUUGGUAGAAGAUGAAAACGCCUGUUUAUUGGCUAAAAAAUCUCAUUUAAAUAAAUCAGAAUAUUAUAACUUACAAUGAGAGGCGGCUGAUGCACCAGGUCAGAAGUACAUCGAUCAGUUCAGGAGCAAACACACAAUCGAUGUCGCCUCUCGUUUUGCUCCUGUAAAAGAAACCCACAUCCCUUCGUGGUGCCUUCACUGACACACCGGCUACUUUAUCCUUCACCUAACGAGUGCUCGGUCUGGUGCUUACUGCCCCGAAUAAUAUUAAUAAUAAUAAUGAAAUAUAACUGAUUUAUGAUGAAAACUUAAAGUGAAGGUACAGAAUAAACAGCAGAAGUUGAUGAUGAUGAUGAAUUGGAUGAAAUAAGAAAAGUAAGAUCUAUGUUUUAAACCUCAGUGAGCUGGUCUGAGGACUGAAACAUUUCCAGCUCUGCACUUAAAGUCAUUAUGGAAUAAUGUAUUUAUUUAUAAUCUAUUAAUGUGUUCAAUAAUCAUCACUUUAAUGUGGCAGCUGGUAAAAAAUGUAGCUAAAUUUGAAUCUGAAUGUGCAAAGUAAGUAGUAUCUAAAGCUGUCAGACAAAUGUAGUAAAAAUAUUUCCCUAAUAUAGACGUAUAAAGUAGAAUAAAACAGAAAUACUCAAGUAAAGUACUUUAAAAUGCUACUUAAGCACUUGAGUAAAUAAACUUUCCACCGCUGUUACAACAAAACAAAACCUGUCAAACCUCGGCAACUCAACGUUUUAUUAACAUAUUUAAACUCUAAAUUCCUUCACAUUAACACAUUAUGAUAAUGAACUCUAGUAAAGUUACCUGAAUGAGACUCGUAGGACGAGAACUGAACCGCUGACUCUGUUUUUAUUGUGAACGCCACGAAUCAUAAAUCUCUCUUCACAACGUUAUUUAAAAAAAAACACGUUUGUUUACAAGAGUCUGUACAUACAUCCAGUGUGAAGAGUAUUCAGUUGGAGCACCUGUAAUUAAAUGCAUCUUGAAUGUGUGUGUGUGUGUGUGUGUGUGUGUGUGUGUGUAAAUAUGCUGGUGAUCAGCGUGUGUUUCCCUCUUUGUGCAGUGUGAUAAUGUUCUUUUGUUCUUUUGUCAAUAGUUAUAAAAACUGAAAUUUAGCUAAAAUAAAACAUUUCUGUGUUUUGAAAACUCUUUGUAUAAAUGGCACUGAUUGAUAUUAUUGAUUGAUUGAUAUUAAACUGAUUUACGUGA